UCUCCUACCCUGCAGCUCUCCCUUUGCGUUUGUGUGUUUGUGUCUGAGCGUGUGUGCAUGUGAGUCAGCUGCAUCCUUAGCACCUGGGACAUUACUUUCAGUCUCCACAGGGGAAGCUGCACCACCAGCACUAAAAGACCCUCGUUGUCAGCUCUCAAGGUUUAUAGUUCAGGGCUCCAAGCCAGACUCUCUGCGGGUGUGUAAGAGAGGAGAGGGAGGUCAACAUGGGCUCCAGCUCCUCUUCCUAUGCCCCUAAAACCAUUUACCUGGAUGUGGAUGGGAAAGUGCAAAAGGUGGUGUUCAGUCGGCACUGCAGUCCAUGUGACAUCAAGGAGCUUCUUUGUUCCUCGUCUAACAUUCCCAGGAACACUGCCAUAAUGAUGGUGGACCCAGAAGGUGCCUUGGUCUCCAUAGAUCCCACCAUGCCCACCAACUCUCCAAACUCUUUGUACAAAGUUGUCCCUUUGUCUACCGGUCAGCUUGGAGAGAAGGAGGACAUGUUUCAGAAUGUGUUGUCCCAGGUGGCUGAGCAGUUCAGCAGAGCCUUUCGGAUCAACGAGUUGAAGACCGAGGUUACCAACAGGCUAGCAAUGCUGGAGAAGAGAGUUGAACUGGAGGGCUUGAAGGUGGUGGAGAUUGAGAAGUGUAAAAAUGAUCUGAAGAAGCUACGAGAUGAGAUGACUUCAAGAGGUGGUGGCAGAGUAAACUGUCCAUGUAAAUACAACUUCUCGGAUGAUGGGAAAAAGGUCACUCCUAGACGAGAUGUCCCCAAUUAUCCAAAGUACACACUGUCUCAGGAGACUGUUGAGGCACUCAAGAAGCCAACAUUUGAUGUCUGGCACUGGGAACAUAAUGAGAUGCUGAGUUGUUUGGAGUAUAUGUACCAUGACUUAGGACUGGUGAAGGAAUUCAACAUGAACCCCAUCACACUCAAACGCUGGCUGCUGGCGAUUCAGGAGAACUACCGUAACAACCCUUUCCACAACUUUCGCCACUGUUUCUGCGUUAGUCAGAUGAUGUAUGGCAUGAUUCACCUCUGCAACCUACAGGAGAAGCUGACUCUCACAGAUAUGGGAAUUCUAAUGACAGCUGCAGUGUGUCAUGACCUGGACCACCCUGGCUACAACAACACGUACCAAAUCAAUGCCCGCACGGAGCUGGCAGUGCGCUACAACGACAUAUCUCCGCUGGAGAACCAUCACUGUGCUGUGGCCUUCCAAAUUCUUUCUCUUCCUGAGUGCAAUAUCUUUGCAAACGUGGAUCCUGAGGCAUUCAAACAGAUCCGACAGGCAAUUAUCACCCUCAUUCUGGCCACUGACAUGGCCAGACACGGGGAGAUACUAGACUCCUUUAAGCAAAAAGUGGACAACUUUGACUUCACCAAUGAAGAGCAUGUGACCUGUCUGAAGAUGGUUUUGAUCAAGUGCUGUGAUAUUUCCAACGAAGUGAGGCCAACUGAGGUAGCUGAGCCAUGGGUGGACUGCCUAUUGGAGGAGUACUUCAUGCAGAGUGACAGAGAGAAGUCUGAGGGUCUCCCUGUGGCUCCCUUCAUGGACAGAGACAAAGUCACCAAACCCACUGCUCAGAUUGGAUUCAUCAAGUUUGUCCUCAUCCCAAUGUUCGAGACUGUCAUGAAGCUCUUCCCUCAGAUUGAGGAGAUCAUGGUUCAGCCUUUGAGGGACUCUCGUGACCACUAUGAGGAGCUGAAACAGAUUGAUGAUGCCAUGACAGAGGCACAGAAGAAAAAAACUGAAAAUAUGUCAUUAGGCGGGAAGAAGAAGUAAGCUGUGCAGUGAGUGAGUGCUGUGGUAUCUGUGGGUCUUCGUUUGUGUUCAAAUUAAGGAAAGACUUUAAAAAACACGACUGAGGCCUCAGUGAAGACGUUCUGUGCUGCGUUCUGAAGAUGACCGAUGGAUCAGGAAAAGAGACUGCUUGGCUACAUACUGAACUAAACUUAGGCGUCAAGGUGGCAUAUCUUGAACUUUGACUUAGACUUUUGCACUGGAUGUAACAGAGAGGGACCUGGUGACCUCUCUGUAUAUUUAUGGUGUUUAUGUUGUUCUCCUUACCUUUUUUUGUUUAAUAGUGCCUCAAGAUUUUCGAGGCAUUUUAAAAAUAUACAACAGACAGAAUAGACAUAACAGACCAAAUGUUCAGGAACUUUUCUUCUGCAAACAUUAAAUGACAAUUUAUUUUUUCCCAUUUUUUCCAGUAGAAAAAUAAAAUGCACCAAACUGGGAUGUGUUCACCUCACUGUAGCAAUAAGUUUUUGAUUGAUAUGUUCCACAGGGUGUUUUCCAAAGAAUAAUGCAGCUUUGCACCAUUUAUUUCUUUCUCCACUCACAAUGAGCAGCUCAUUAAACCAUCACAAGUGUAGGUGUAU